CCUUUGAAUCCUCUUCUCAAACACCCAAAACAAAUAUCUUCGCCACCUAAACGCGCAUUCCCAAAACGCUAUAUAACAAACUCAAAACUCAAACCAAACAACCAUUCAAUUUCUCUCUCUCUCUCUCUCUCUGUUUAUUUGCUUUGAUUAAUUUCAGAUUUUGGGCUUGGUUAGACGACCAUGGUGCGGCUCAGCAACACUUUGGUUGGGAUUCUGAAUUUCAUAACCUUUUUGCUCUCAAUUCCAAUCAUAGUGGGUGGGGUAUGGCUCAGCAGGCAGGGCACCUCCGACUGUGAGAAGUUCCUCGACACCCCCAUCAUCGUCAUCGGAGUUUUCCUCCUCUUGGUCUCCCUCGCCGGUUUCAUCGGCGCCUGCUGCCGCGUCAAAUGGCUCCUCUGGAUUUACCUCUUCGUCAUGUUCCUCCUCAUCCUCCUCCUCUUCGUCUUCACCAUCUUCGCCUUCGCCGUCACCAACAAAGGCGCCGGCAAAGCCCUCUCCAACAGAGGCUACAAAGAGUACCGCCUCGGCGAUUACUCCAACUGGCUCCAGAAUCGGGUCAACGACAACAAAAACUGGAACAGAAUCAGGAGCUGCUUGGUCGACGGCAAAGUCUGCACCGACUUCAGCAACAAAUUCGCCAGCUAUACCGUCGAACAGUUCUACGCCGAACACUUGUCUUCCAUCCAGUCGGGUUGCUGCAAGCCGGCGGAUGAGUGCGGAUUCCAGUACGCGGGGCCGACUCGGUGGACGAAACCAAACAAUUCCACUUCUCCGAAUCCUAAUCCUGAUUGUGAUGCGUGGAAUAACAACGCAGACACUCUGUGCUACAAUUGCCAGUCCUGCAAAGCCGGAGUUCUGGACAAUUUGAAGCGAAACUGGAAGAAAGUUGCCAUUAUAAAUAUUGUCGUCCUCGUCUUUCUCAUCAUCGUCUACUCCAUUGGAUGCUGCGCUUUCAGAAACAACAAGGAGGAGAAUCACUACCCCAGAUGGAAAUGAACCCAUUAAUUACUUCUGUUUUCUUUUUCUGUAUUCUGCUUCGUGUAAAGGGUACUUUUCUUUCAUUUGUUUAUGCUUUGUUUUCCGCUAGUUUGAGGCAUCUAGAUUAACUGGUAUCUAUUGUUUUCUUGUAGCUGUUUGUGAUUAUUAUUUCACAUUAUUUUCUGUGCUAUAUCAAUAAAAUCUAGUGAUUUUCGUGUUUC